AUGUGUCUACACUGAUGUGUCGUAUCUACUUAUAUUAGUAAAACUACAAAUAUAUAAACGAGAUAAUGCCAAGUACAUGUUGCAUUGUUAAUUGCAAUAAUACGAAUAAAAAAGGAUAUCACUUAUUUAAAUUUGCAGUUUUACUAACAUAAAUAGUAGUAGACACAUCAGGUGUCACAUACGCACUACCACGCACUACUACAUACGCAUCGGGUAUUCACAUACACACUACAAACACACACCGCCGCCAUGCUUGGCGGUCUUCAUGGCCGAACCGGAAAAUGGGCGGGACACAGCUCUUUUGAGAAAUCUCAGAGUGGAAACUCGAAAGAAAAUAAACAAAGUACAUCAAAUAGCAGUAGAAGACCACUAUCAAUUGAAGGUCCUUCUACUUCUAACAAUGCUGAACAUAUUUCACUUCCACUGCAACCUUUGUUAAACCAACCAAGACAGCCAACUAACUUGCAAGGACUUCUUAAGUAUGCAAUAGAUGUGGCACAGUUUGAAGAUAUAGAAAACAAAUCGCAAAUAUAUCCUUUAGAUGAAGAAAAAAAAACUUUCUUAAAUAAUGCUUUAUCAUCAUUAACAGUAAAUGUAAUAGAAGAAUUACAGGAAGAUAUAAAAAUAUUAUCUGGUAUUGUUAAUCUAAAAACUGAUGGAGAUUCAUCAAUAUAUGAGAAUGCACUUAAUAGAAUUAGUCAUCAUAUAGAUAACAUUGAUAUAGCUAAUGAUUUUUAUAAAAUUGGAGGAUUUUCAGUGCUUCAAUUAUGCUUAGACUGUUCACACAGUAACAUAAGAUGGAGAAUAGCCGAUAUCAUUGCUGAAUUAGCACAGAAUAAUCCAUUUUGUCAAGAAAAGAUACUAGAUACUGGAUUAUUUCCUAUAUUAUUGUCUAUGGUUGAUACAGAUGUAUCGGAACAUACAAAAGUAAAAGCUCUCUAUGCCAUAUCAUGUAUAGUUAGAGAAAAUUCAACAUCAUUAAAAUAUAUGGAAAUAAACGAUGGUUAUUCAGUACUUCUACGAGCAUUACAGAGCCCAGUAGAGAAGCUGCAGAUAAAAUCUGCAUUUUUACUUUCUAAUUUAUGUAGCAAGGAAGACUCUAGUGACAUAAAGCAUAUCUUAAUAAAGAUGGGUUUUAUUGAACAAGCAGUUGGACUGUUACUUAGAUGCAAUUUGCAGCUGGAAAUAAGAGAACAAUUAUUGAGAAUGUUGUAUAGUAUGGUAAAUGAUAACUUUUUACCAGCAUUGGAAGAACUUCGUCGGCCCCAGUUACGUUUAAAGUAUAUUUUAGACUCAUUAUUAGAUAAUUUCGAAAACAAUCAGAAUGAAGAAUCUGAAAAUAAUCAAGAUGAGAAAGAAAUAUGUAUUGAACUACUGAAAAAAAUAUUUCCUGAAUCUGACAUCAGCCAAGAAAGAUAACAAAUUUAUAUCAGUUUUUCUGCCUAAAUAAAUAUAAUAAAGUAUUA